CAGCAACGUAUGUAAAUGAAUGCUCAAUCGCUGCCCAUUUCUCACAGGGAGAGAUGCAUGGGAGCACAUUGUAUAGGACAGAAUGAAUGAGAGGUUUAAGGGAAAAGAGGGGAGCGAGAGGAACAGAGCAUUGGAGGGGGAGAAUCUUUUCAGUUCUUUAUGAAGGCAACAAUGGUCUUUGUCCACAAUCUCCCUCCAUUCUUAUUGGGGUUACAAGAAGGAGGGAAGGGGGGGUUGGCUCUCCAUAGUAACAGUGACAAAACACGUUGGUCCCAGUGUUGGCAGGGAGGGCGAUGAGAGAACAAGCUAAAGAAGUGCUCAGAAACUUCAGCAAGCAGGGACAGGCUGAAAGAGGGAUAGAGACAGAAAGAGAGAGGUGCCACGGCGAGUUGACAAGAGGUGCGAGGUGGAAUAAAAGAAGAGAAGAAAGAAAACUUGAGAGUUUUUAAUACGACGAAGAACUGACAGGAGCACUGACAGGACAAGUUUGCUGGAACCAAAAACGAAGAGAAAACACACACAUGCACACAGCGAUAUACAUAUUAAUUUUGACCAAGUGACACACGCAGCUGUCACUGGUGAGGAGACAGCCUUUCAGGAUGAAUCCCGAGACGCAGUGUGAGGACACACUGUCCACCAUGGUUUUGGAGAACAUCAAAAACAAACUCUUACACGCCUUUAGGGUGACGGGAGAGACACGGAAUGUCCCGGACUGCUCAGGUGCCUCUCCCACCUGCAUCGGGAGGAAUUUACAAGCCAAUGAAGAACUCCGAAGAGCAAAAAUAGAUGGAGCCAUAACUUGGAUACGAUCUGAGCUGCAGGAGAUGCGCUCCCAGGACCGGCAGCUGGCCCAAACCCUGCUGGGGCUCAACAGCGAGAUCCAGAGGCUGAGGAGGGAGAGCGGCUCCUUUGCACCAGACCCAGAGGGUGGACAGAACCACUGACACACUCACCCAACCAGGACACUCCCUUACUGAGAAACAGAGGGGAGGGCUCGGAGAAGGACGCUGAAGAUUUGGUGAAGGCAAUGGAUGAAGAGAAACAGAUGUGUCUGUGUGUGUCUGAGAGAGAGAGAGAGAGAGAGAGAGAGAGAGAGAGAGAGAGAGCAAAAGACGUUGGCAGCACUGACCGCAGAGUGCCCUUUUGGCAGUGCCCGAAUGAAUUGGAAGAAUGCUUGCGUCAGAGCGCCAACAUGCCUCAGAGGGCGCACGGUUAUGGAACCGUAUUAUGAACGUGCCCGUGAUCCUUUCAUAUGUUUGCCCGCCCGAUGGAGUAAGUAGUGAAGAGUGGACAGAGAUGCGGAAAACCAUUCAGUCUGGACACUCUCAUGGAGUCAGGUCAUUCUCUCCUUUGUACUUCGCUUUGGAUAAAAGCGUCUGCUAAAUGACUAAAUGUAAAUGACUAAAUGUAAAUGGACACAUUAGGCACCUGCAUCUAGCAAUGCAAAUUCCAAAUAAGCAUGUGAAAAUUCUGUUAUGAAUAAAGUAAGACCAAAAUGGACGAAAGAUGAGUUUUAGAGAGUUUAUAUUACGACACAAAUGACAAAUGACAAAUAAGUGGCAGUGAACACAUUGUCCACCUGUCCUGUGAAACAAUUUCCCACCGUAGCUGAGAGCAGGUUGUCAUCCGACGUAAUGGAUUAACUCUUUGCGGACACCACACAAUGUCCAUGUCGCAGGGGAGAGCAGCCUUUCAGUGAAAACAGAUAUGACAUGGUUUUAUUGUUUGAGGCCGUUGCCUGUGUAAUCGCCCCUUUCUGUUAGUCUGUGUGUUCCAUCUCUGCAGUGCAGGGGAACAUGAUACUGGCCCGACGAGGAAAUCUGUAUGACCUCCACAAUUACUGUCAAUUUAACAUCCAGAGGCUUUUCACUGUAAGGCUGUUAGGAUUCAGUCUCGGGCCACUCAAACAAUGCACUGUUUUGUCACAGAACACAAAGCAUGAUGCAAUUAAAAUGUCAACCCCCCCGUCUACACACACACACA